AUAUAAAUAACCAGGGCUUCAGGCUUAGUCUUUGCCACAGCGUGGGAGUUUUCUGAUUUUGCACAGAACUGACCUGAUCUGUGAGGUGAAAAGAAAUGGCUCUUUCCAAAUCUCAUAGGGUAACAAUGAAUGACGGGAAUACCAUCCCGGUGCUGGGACUUGGUACUUAUGCACCUAGAAGCGUUCCCAAAAGCGAAGGUGAGAUGGCCACAAAGGUGGCUAUUGAGGUGGGCUUCCGCCAUAUUGAUGGGGCUUUCCUAUAUGAAAAUGAAAAAGAAGUUGGACAGGCAAUCCGCGCGAAGAUUGCCGAUGGGACAGUGACCAGAAAGGACAUAUUCUACACCGGGAAGCUUUGGAAUACAUACCACCGCCCAGAAUUGGUCAGGCCUGCCUUGGAAGAGACGCUGAAAAACCUCCAGCUUGAUUACAUUGACCUUUAUAUUAUCCACUGCCCCAUGUCUUUUAAACCUGGCAAAGAUAUGAUCCCAUUCGAUGAAAAUCAGAAAGUUAUCAGUGACUCUGUGGAUUUGCGUGAUACUUGGGAGGCCAUGGAGAAAUGUAAGGAUGCAGGUCUCGUGAAAUCCAUUGGAGUGUCCAACUUCAACCGCAGGCAAUUGGAGAUGAUCCUGAAUAAACCUGGGCUUAAAUAUAAACCUGUCUGCAAUCAGGUGGAAUGCCAUCCUUACCUGAACCAGAGCAAAUUGUUGGAGUUCUGCAAGUCAAAUGAUAUCAUAUUGGUAGCAUAUAGUUCCUUGGGAACCCACAGAGAGGCUCCAUGGGUAGAUCAAAAUUCUCCCAUUGUCCUAGAAGACCCAGUGUUGGGAGCCAUUGCUAAGAAGCACAACCGAACCCCAGCCCAGGUUGCUAUCCGAUACCAGAUUCAGCGAGGGUUGGUAGUCUUGGCAAAGAGCUUCACUGAAAAGCGGAUCAAAGAGAACUUUCAGGUGUUUGACUUCCAGUUGACUCCAGAAGACAUGAAAGCCAUUGAUGGCCUUAACAAAAACCUUCGUUACCUGAUCUUUAAGCAAUUCCAAGACAUUCCCAACUAUCCUUUUAAUGAUGAAUAUUAAUGAAGUUUUGAUUCAGAAGAUUUGUGGCCCUGAGACACUACAGUUCUCUCAAAGGAGUAGCUUGCAUUCUGUUGGUUAUAUGGAAAUUAAAUCCAGUAUUAUGGUUAAGCCAUGCACCAUGGCUAAACCUACACCAAAGCAUAGGUUAAAGGCAGUUGUUCUAUUAUAAGCUCUGCCUUUCCUGCCCUCAAAGACAGAUAUGAUGGUACACGUUUAUGUAGCAUUUCAAAGUUUACCAUACAGUAGUGAAAGUAUUAUCCACUUUUUUCCAAAAAGGUAACCUUCCCUCAGAGAGGUUGUAUCAGAGUUAGCAUCUGGCUCACAGUCUUACUCUUUCCUCAGAUCUUACCAUUAUUUGAAGUACUUCAACAUAUCAAUAUUGAUAUCUCCUCCAGCAUCCUAACUACUCAAUUCCUUAAUUUCCUCAACUCUCAUGGAAAACUUCUUCACUGCACCAUCCAUAUAGUAGUGUAGAUGUGCUGUCCUAGGAAUGGCAGUCCCCUUCAGUUCUCUACAAUUUCAUUACAGCUACUUUUGUAUACAGCAUGAAUGCAGUAAUUUCUGUAACUCUUCUGGAAUGAGAUUUGCCAGUACUAUGGGGUAUGGAAGAAAGCCAAUCAUAUUCAUACAUACAUACAUAUACAUAUUAAGAAAACAAUCACAUGCUAUGAUUACACACAAAUAAUGAAUAGAUGAUAGUUCUCUCAAAACCCAGAAGAACACUAGCCCCUGCAAGCCUUGAGGAUGAGAAAUAUCCAUAUCUGAGGUAACUCCUAAGGCAAAAGUCGAUCUUUGAAUUGGGGAUUUGUCUGUAGUAAAGAAGAUGUAACUGCAAUACACAUUAUUCCAGGUGCACUCUAAAGAUUUUAAUAAUUUAAUGGCCAAACAGUACAUCAAAUAAGAAUCAUUAUAUUAAAUCUAUCAAAUACAAAGUAUUCUUUAUAAAAUCAACUUGCAAGUCUAACAAUAACAUAACUAGUAUUAUGGAUGUUUAAACUUAUUGCCAGUCAAAUAUCAAUUUGGUUCAAUGCAUUUAUGAAUCAUCUUACAUAAAACAUCACUUCAUGCCUUAUCAAUUUGGUAUUUUACACCAAAGAGCAGGGUAGUGCAAUCACACUUUUAAUUCUUAUUUAUGCAGUUUCUAGGUAUACAACCUUAAGACAAAUAUCAAAUGGUUCUUUCAUUAGGAUAUGAUCUACCUAUAGAGGGUAAAACAUUAUGAUUAUCUCCCUUUAAAUGAGUCACAUUAUACUUUAGUUUGGAUUUACAAUCACAAAUGAUCUCAUUCAAAAUCUCAAUUUCCCAAAGACCAUUAGCUGCCAGCACCUCAAAUUAUGGAGAGCACUAUUUUAAAUUAGCUCUAUUCCAAAGAUUUAUAGCGGAAGUUUCACAUUCUUAUCUCCUUUUUAAAAAUAUCUCAGCAUUUGCAAAAAUCUUUAAACUAUAAUUUUGAAAUUUACAGUAAAGAUAUUUUAUUUCAGUUGCAAAUUUGUUGUCCAAUUAGUUUAUAAUGCCAUAAAUUUUUACAAACCAAGAAAAA